AUGAUUGCUAAACUUCUUCAGAAGCUCCAGAACGACGGUAUCAAGUCCAUUGAAGCACAGCGGGACGCUGAGGAGAAGUGGAAGCAGGCAAUACAGGCCGCCAAUGACAGGACCUUGAUGCCCUUGACCAACUCGUGGAAUAACGGAGCCAUCGUACUAGGGAAAAUCUUCGUCGGGAACACCCUCAGCGGCGUUUCCAAGUCUCAAAACUUGGUCAUCUUGAUCCAGCAACAAACGCAAAGAUCCCCGUGGCAUGUUCCUCGGGAGAGCUCUGAAAAGGUCUUCGCAAUGUAUCUUGAGACUUUGGAACAGCCCAGAGCAAGCGCAGAAUUGACGGAGCUGUUCGAGCAAAUCACCCUUACUAUUCAGCCUCAGAGGCCGAAACUGCAUGAAUCCAAACGUAGGAACAAGUUCUGUACAUCUUUCCCCAAGUUUGAGAAAACAUAG